UAAGGAGGAGUAGAGUGGGGGGUAAGGGGGAGUAGAGGGGGUGAGGGAGUAGAGUGAAGGGGGAAGGGAAGAGUAGAGGUAAGGGUAAGGGGGAGUAGAGUGAAGGGGAUAGCAGAGUAGAGUGAAGGGUACUGAUGGGUAAUAAGGAUCACUCGGAGUCCUCUUAUAACGAGAAAACACUAUACUUUAAUUUUUUAAUAGUCUUAUGUCACAGCACUUAUUUCCCUCCACGAACUUUACACAAUGACCCAACAACAUCAACAACAAAAUAGUGCCAAUAUUUUUGAAUUUGAAGCUCAUAUAGCCCAUUUUAAAACACAAUUAAAUGCUUGUUUUGCUUUACAAAGAGCAUUUGCUAAUUCUCACGGUUCAAUGAUUUGGAGGCAAUUACGAGAACAUCAAAUACGAAAAAUGACAAAUUAUGGAUAUGAAAAUAAAGGGUUUCUUGAUUCGGCUGUUACAUUUUAUGCUCAUAUGUUAUACAAUUUGGGGGUUUUGGCUGCUAGAAUACAGGGAUUCGCUUAUGAAAUUCGCAACAAUAAAACCUUCGUUUCUGGCCAUUCUGAUUUGGUUAAACCAUUAUUGGCAAUUGUAAAAUAA